UGUUAGUAAGCCAAAUAGUAAGUGGAUAUUCCCCUCUGCAAACAGUCGCAUCUUGUUAUUUUUGGUGAAUACAUACGGACUAAGAGACAAGACACACAUAUCAAUAAUAACAAUAAUAAUAAUAAUAAUAAUUUGUGUUGCUCGCGACGGUCGAAUCAAAUCAUCGUUCCGAAACGAGUGAUAAAAAAAAGUUAGAUUUUUUGUGCUGUCUGUAAUGCAGCCAUAUAGAUCUUGAGCCGACGGACCAACCACGCAUAUUUACUUAUUCAAUCAACCUGGAAUGGUCUUUGUGUUCUGAUUCCAUUAGACUAUAAUUCGAUGUGCGUUGUGUGUGGAUUGUGAACUCAGCGAAUUGAUGAGAGUGUUUGCAUUGAAAAUACACAAACUGAAAAAUCGGAAAACUCAUACCGUUUGUUGGAUACGGCUACAGUGUUAUUGUUUUUCUCGAUAAAUUUAAUUACAAAUUGUUCGUUGGAAAUUGUUUCGAUGACAAUUUCAUUUUUAUUGACCGUGUAACGUAGUCAACAGGUUUUAUGGACAAAGACACUGCAGGACUAAGUGAAAAAUUGUAACAAUGAAAAUGAAAAUAAUUUUUCUCAAAUUUUGUUUACUGAUGUGAUUGACUGAUAUUAUUUUAGCCAAAGUAAUACGGAUAUUGAAACGAUAAUCGUCGCAAAAUUGUGCGGUGCCUGUGAAUAGUUUAAUAAAAUGCAAAAAUUGUAUCCGGAAUCGUCGGUGGCGGCAAGUAUGCCGGGUGGAGGCAAUAUGAGCCCAUUGGCGGCCACAUACAGCAGUAUGAAUGCAAUGGGAAUGUCUGUUGGCGGUAUGACGUCCGUAUCGCCACAAUCUGCUGGAUUUGGCAGCAGUGUUCUAAGUUCGAAUGGAAUGUCAGGUGUGUCGGCUAGUAUGAACCCAAUGUCAAGUAAUUGUAUGACUGGUGGAUCGAUGGGAUACGGUUCGAUGGGCUCGCCGCUAAGUAAUAUGGGAUCAUGUAAUAUGGGCAUCGGACCAAUGACGUCGAUGAGUGGAUAUGCAUCGGUUGGAGCGAUGAGCUCUGGGAGGGAUUUGGGUGACGGUGGGUCGCCAAACUCAUCCGUUUUGCAGAGAUCUAGAGUGGAAAAGCCAUCAUCAUAUAGACGAAGUUAUACGCAUGCUAAGCCACCAUAUUCGUAUAUUUCACUCAUAACACUAGCUAUACAAAACAACCCGCACAAAAUGCUUACUCUAUCCGAAAUUUAUCAGUUCAUCAUGGAUCUGUUUCCGUUCUAUAGACAAAAUCAACAAAGAUGGCAGAAUUCAAUAAGACACUCAUUAAGCUUCAACGAUUGCUUCGUAAAAGUUCCUAGAACACCAGAUAAGCCCGGAAAGGGUUCAUUCUGGACGCUUCAUCCAGAAUCGGGUAAUAUGUUCGAAAAUGGAUGUUAUCUAAGACGGCAGAAACGCUUUAAAGAUGAGAAACGAGAGCACAUCCGAUCGAUUCACAAAAGUCCUUCAGAUAGCAUUGAAUCAUCUAGUCCAAGCAAGAAGGACUCAUCCCACCAUGAUGACCAUCAUACUCAUCGUGAUUCACACAAAAACGCCGAAUCUCAUAUGUCGAAUAUGCUGGUGGCACACAGUAAAGAUGCCGAAGCAUUAGCUAUGCUUCAUUCCGCUCCAGAAUUAUGUUUAGGCCAACAGUCGCACGGACAACACAGCUCGCAUCAUUCUCAAUUACAACAAGAGGAACUGUCCGCCAUGGUCAAUCGUUGUCAUCCAUCGCUGCUAAGCGAUUAUCAUUCCAUGCACCAUUUGAAACAAGAACCAACUGGAUACACGCCAUCGCAUCAUCCGUUUUCGAUUACACGGCUUCUGCCGACGGAAUCGAAAGCCGACAUUAAAAUGUACGAUAUGAGUCAAUAUGCCGGAUACAACACGCUUAGUCCAUUACCGAAUUCACAUGCUGCCUUAGGACAGGAUUCGUAUUAUCAAAGUUUAGGUUAUCAUGCGCCAACCGGCACGACGAGCUUGUGACAUCAGUAUCCGUUGGCAUAAAGUCGAAUGUUCAGACGUUGAAACUAAUGUUUGGUGUAAUGUAAAAGAGACCUGUGUAACCUAGUGAGUGCUUUAAAAUCGAGUAAAAGGAAACGUUAAUAACAAUGAAAAAGGAAAAUAUUGCACGUCGAGCUGAUGAAAGUUUUUUUUUCUUCAAAAGAUUCAUGGUUACAUCCGGUAGUAAAAGCAUGAUUUUUAAAAUAAGAAAGAAACAAAAAUGAACUUUUGCAUUUUACAAUGGCCACAAUACUGAGUAUACCAAACAAAUGAAUUGAAAAUUUCUUUCAAAUAGAGCGAACAAAACGAGUGAACGAACUAUUAUUUUAUUAUUCAACAAACCAUCCAGCUUCUGUUGUGAUGAAUGUAAGACUCUCAUUGACAUGCAGAAUAUGUUAACUUGUGGUAACUUCUACACAAUAGAAGUUAAGUGUAAAUAUAGUCGGUUGGAAGAAGAAGAAGAUGAAGAGAAAAAAACGUAAGAUUUUAUGGUGACGAAAUGAUUUUUUGUACAUUUAAGAAAGAAAAAACAAUAUUGACGCCAGCUAGCUCAAGGAGAUAAUAUAGUUACAUACAUAUAGACUACAUACAUAAAAAGUGAAGCGAAAAGAAAAACUGGAGCGAAUAGGUGUAAAGUAAAUUUAAGUUCUUUGAUAUUACAUAACUAGAAUUCAUACGGAACGACCUAAGAGUGGCCAUUGUUGUCUUGGUUAUUUUUUUUCUCUAUGUCGGAUUGUCGGAUGCAUAAACUCAUUAUUAUUUAUGCUUUUGAACUAAGUCUGUCUUCUCUUUGAAUGAAUCGUUUUUCGUUGGAAAUACCACCGAUUAAUCAUGCCAAGUUUUUCUUUUUUAUUUUGAAUUAACAAUUUCUCAACAACAACGACAAGAAAAAAAAAUGUGUAACAAGGUAUAUCAUAUCCGGACGCAACAUUCAUUAAUUUUAGUGGGAACCUUAUCGCGCUACCGGUGAUAUUUUUUAAUUAGAUGGAACAAAGGCUUAAUGAGUUAUUUCCAUCGCUAGCUAAUCUAAUUAUCAUUAUCGAUGUUGAGUUGAGUAUGUACAGUGCGAAUAUCAUGCAACGAAUUUUAUAAUUUUAUUACAGCGAUGGUAAUACCAUUAGUCUGUCUAUGUGCAUAUAAUGGGAUUGGUUUUCAUUAGGAUGAUACCCAAGGGGUGUCGAACUUCUUGAAUUUAUAGUCUGUUUAUCCAUUGAAUCCCAUUAGAUAUAGCAGUUUUAGUCCAAGCAGAAGAUACGAUCUUUUGCUCCCGGGGCCCAUUAUUUGGAAUUGAAUUGUAUUGCUGACAUUUUUGCUACGGCUGAAAACAUCCCAGCAAUUUCGCAGUGAUAGGAUCGAAAAUUGUGCUGCAUUUUCCAUUGUUUAACCAUGUGUUGAAUAUCGGAUUACAAUGAAAAAUGCAGCAUAAUUGUCGAUCCUAUCAAAGCGAAAUUGCUCGUGUGUUUUCGGCAUACAUUUCGACCACUUUCAGUAAAUAAAAUUCUAAUACUAGGCCCAGUUGUGGAUAUGGCUUUUAAAUCAACAGACGUAGUAGAGUUUGUCCUUUGAGUACUUGAUCGAAUUGGGAGGAUUGAGGAGCCAUUAGGACACGAAUUAUAGAUAUCUCAGAUGUGGAGAGAAUCUCUUCAAAAGAUCUUUACAUGAAGAUUUGUUCGGAAAUCUCACUCUCUCCUAAUUUCCUAGUUUCCUAAAGGUUAAGAGAUUUCCUCGAUUGUCAAUAAUUUAAAUUUCAACAUUUUAGUUACUCUGAUUCGCACGCUUCAAUCGAUCUGAUCGAUUUCAAUUAAAAUUUAACCUUUUACAGACGGCUAGUAUAACACUUUGGUAUAAUAAUCAAAGCUGUUACUACUAUUGAUCGAAUGUGCUAAGUACAGCUGGUAAAGCAGGAUUUUACAUUUGACAAUGUCUGACGCUUCACUGGGCGACGACUUAGUCGUAAUGCUGCUCAGCCUCGAUGAAUUUUCGAGGACCGAGUAUUUAUGUGCGAUCCUUACUCAGUACUAGACCAUUAGAAGUUGAGGCUCCUUCCAUUUCAGCGUACUAUGAGCAACCACAUAUUGAUAGUUUUCAUUACAUUUUACUUUAUGAAAUCCAAGAAAGUCGUAACUCUUAACUCCAUUUUAUCUUGCUUAACAGCCGUCUGCUAAAGGUGAGGUUUUGUUUGAUGCUCUUAACGUUAAAAAAAAUGUUAUUUCAACGGCAUCAUCAGUUCUUCUACAUGUUUUCACUCUAUUUCUUUAAAAUGUUGAAAAAUCAAUAAAAAAAAAUUUCUUUGAAGCAAAAUGCAUUAGAUAUCUACAGAAUAUUGCCAUUGACUUUAUGCAGUUUUUUAUUUAGCCGUUUA